AUGGGCGAUCUCUGGUUUCUCGCAGUGCUGCUGAAUAUGUGUGCUGCACAACCGUACGUUCUAGUGACGCAAUGCGUCGCUCCUUUGUCACGUGAGGGUUGCAAACCACAGAAGGACCCGUCUACCGAUGAGUAUCUAGCGCUCGUACUCCAUCAAAGCGUUGCGAGUGGCAGAACGACCCGUCUACGGACGCAUGUGUGGCGCUCGUUUAUUUUCCCGUGA